GUAUGUCGGAAGUGGACACACACACACACACACCAGAGAAGGAAUCGAAGGAAAAGGGCGGAGGAAAGGGAACCUCUGAGGAGAUCCAGAAAAUGGCAAAACCAUCGCGACUUUUAGCAACGGGACAAAUUAACAACAUUCUGUUUAUCUGACCAGUUUACGGACAGUUGGAAGCCUGUUUGUCCCGGGGUGAACGGCGGAAGGUGACUGCCUGUUUGCUCAGAUUGCAGCUUUAGACAAAGGCAGCAAAGAUCUACACCUUCUGAAAAGUCUGUCUGUCUGACGGAGCGGGCAGGCAAAAGGGCUUCGCAGGGGCCAUGAAUCAGGGGUGAGGGGGAAUCGCUGCGGGGGAAACACACAGCGUUGGGUGAGGGGGUCGAGGCCGGUCGGUGUGGAGAUGAAGCUCAAACAGCGCAUGGUGGUGCUGUGUGCCGUACUCCUCCUGCUGGGCCUGGCCAAGAUCUUCCUCCUUGAUGGAGGUGAGGGAUCUGCAGCCAGCCGCAGGGACCUCCGAGCAUUUCGUAAGAUGGAAGCUGGCCUUUCUCUGUCUCGGGGAGCUCGCCUUACCCACACGCUCCAGUCCCCGUGGGAGAUAGCAAGUCAGUGGGUGGGCCCCAGAGAGGUGUACCCUGAGGAGACCCCUGAGCUGGCUGCUGUUCUCACCUCCCUCAGCACUGCCAGGAUAGAACGAGCAGAUGUAGGCUACAAAGGCACACAGCUGAAAGCUUUACUUGUGCUUGACGGGGGACAGAAAGUGGUCUUCAAGCCCAAGAGAUAUAGCAGAGACUAUGUAGUCGAGGGCGAGCCUUACGCAGGCUAUGACAGGCAUAAUGCAGAAGUGGCAGCUUUUCAUCUGGAUAGGAUCCUGGGGUUCAGAAGAGCACCUCUGGUUGUGGGCAGAUAUGUAAAUCUGCGCACUGAGAUCAAGCCUGUUGCCACAGACCAGCUGCUGAGCACCUUCCUCACGCAAGGUAAUAACACAUGUUUCUAUGGUAAGUGUUACUACUGUCGGGAGAGCGAGCCAGCGUGUGCAGAGGGAGAGAUCAUGGAAGGCUCAUUAACCCUGUGGCUUCCAGACGUCUGGCCUCUGCAGAAACACAGACACCCCUGGGGGCGCACUUACAGGGAGGGGAAACUGGCCAGGUGGGAGUACGAUGAGAGCUACUGUGACGCAGUGAAGAAGAUGCCUCCGUACGACGCAGGCCCGAGGUUACUAGACGUCAUCGACACUGCCAUCUUUGAUUAUCUUAUUGGGAACGCCGAUCGCCAUCACUACGAGAGUUUUCAGGAUGACGGCGGCGCCAGCAUGCUCAUCCUACUCGACAACGCAAAAAGCUUUGGGAACGCAGCUCUAGAUGAGAGGAGCAUCCUUGCACCACUCUAUCAGUGUUGCAUGAUUCGUGUGUCCACGUGGAACAGAAUAAACCUGCUGAGGGGCGGAGCUCUGAGUUCAGCGAUGCGACAGGCUCUGACAUUUGACCCCAUUCACCCGGUUCUAGCGGAGCCGCACCUCGCAGCCCUUGACAGGCGUCUGUCUGGCAUCAUAGCAACAGUGAAACAGUGUAUGGAGGCACAAGGGCCCGACAACACCCUCAUAGAAGACCGAAUGAACCUCCCUCAUCCCUAAUGCAAGGGAGAGGAAAUAAACUGCUCAACAGGAACAGCCAAGACUGAUUCCCUGCCUGGAGAAGAGGAACAGCAGAUGAAAAUGAGGCAACUGACCAAACAAAUCAGGCCUGGUGUUACAGAGAAAGAUGCAGAGUGAGUAAAUGGACCAACAAGGCAGAAUAAAGACUGGACUACCCCUGUUUGUCCUAGUUUUUUACUCCAUGGUCUCUACUUUUGACUAGACUGGAGUGGCUCUAAUUGAGCUGCCAACUCCAUGACUUCAGCUAUAUGAACUUUGUCUCAGGACUGAGCACAAGAGGACAUGAUCUGCUGUACGUGGAAGAACCCCAUCUACUACUACUACUGGUUACGAUUAAUUUUUUGCCAUGGGCAAAAGUCCCCCCUCCCUGCCCAGCGUUUCCACAGCUAAAAGAGAGCGGUGGACCCCGGAGACACUAAGAAGAGCAGGAGGCUGAAGAUGAGCCAUCAACGUCACAAUGGAAGGCUGUACAGAUGUAUUUCACGCUGCCAAGUCCAAAAAACAGGCCAAAUGUCAUUGAAUCUGACAUGAAUCUGAUUCGUUUUGAAGUGAAAGAAAAGACUUUUUUUUUCUUGAAUUGAAAUUUGACUUUAAUUGGAAGGGGGAAAAUAAUCCACCUUCCACCACCAGUGUGUAUAUAUUUAACUUAGUAGGAACAUAGAAAAAUGAGGCGAAAGAAUAUACAUUUGUGGAUUAUAAUAUUAAUUAAACUUAAGGGUGUGUGUGGGAGCGUGUGCGUACAUGUGCGUUUGGAGUGUGUAAUGUGUGAGAACAGGUGCCAUACUGUGCCGUUAAGUGAGAAAGCUACUGACACCACAGACUUGAAGCAAGGGGACAUGGGAGGAGGUGGGAACAUCUUCGACAUUAAAGUGUGAUCUAUUUAAAGGUG